AUGUGCAGUCCGAGUUCUAUGGCAAUCCGGCCAAAAGAUAGAAAAUGGUUUUUUCGUUUGCACAAUUUUAACUCGAAUUCGGAUUAUUAUAUCAAUCCUGUGGAUGGAAUUAAAACUAAUCUAGCUCCCUCGUGGCAGACAGCCACUUUCGAAGGACCUGCGGUACCAGUUGAAACAAGAGAAAGGGAAAUUCAGAAAGUGUGGAAUCAAACAAAGCCAACUCAAAAUGAGUUUCUUCUGGUUCCUGAAAAUGGCCAAGGCGCGGAGCAGGUGCUUGAAUGGUCUUUGAACAGAAAGAAGAGAAAAAUGGGAACUGCGAACUCGAAAAGAAAAUUCGUGACGUUUAAUGGACUUCCUAUCGAACCGCCCUUGAUCAGGGUUGAUUUGUCCAAUCAAAUUAUGAAUCACACCACUCCAAACGAUUCAUAG